AUGGACCUUUCAGUCUUGCCAAAUAACAACCAUCCUGACAAAUUUCUGCAGUUAGAUGUAAAAGCAUUAGGUACAAAUCCUGGUUUAAGCCAAUUUGGUUUUACAGGUCUCUCUGGAGCAGCUCUGAGUGGUCGUCAGUGGCACAAUCGAGUCUAUUCAUCAACUAAAGACCAAGAUGCGUCAGAGAAGUUCAGCUUACGGUUGUAUGGCGAUGGCCCUGUUCUCAUUGAUAAUGUGCUCAGCAAACAUAUCACUCCUCAAACCUUGAAGUCCACCAUCAAGAGGAAUCCCUUGUAUGCAGACAUAAGGACAGAAAACAGCUGGCAACUGAACAAAGCUCAUCCAUCAUGGACAAUUCAGGAUUAUGACAGACAGUCAGAACAAACAAAUCUAGCUGAUCAUUUAAGCAAGGAUCCAAAUGACCUGAAAUUUUGGUUGGAAGACAUUUAUACACCAGGGUAUGAUUCUUUACUGAAGAAGAAAGAGUCUGAACUGAAAAGAGCCAAGUGUUGUAAGCUAAUAACACUGUUCAUAUUAGCAGCCUGCACUUUAAUUACUGUAAUUACAAUAUUAAUAGUUUUUAUUGGAUAUUAA